CUCUUAUCAACGCGUGUUCUAGGUGAAAAUGAAAGCUGUACAGUGUGGUCGUGUUUCGCUGGCCCUCUACAUCGCACUACUCACGAUCCCUUGGACGGGCGGCUACAUCGUCGAUCCCGGUCCAGUUGUGAAGGCCACCAAAGGGGAAAUAUGGCCCAAACCGAGGAACCAAACAACGUCCCAACAGUUCUACACUAUCAAAACGGGAACAUUCAGUUUUCAGUCGAUGAACUUCAGCUGCGAUAUACUGACGAAGGCACUCGAUCGUUACCACAAACUUGUGCUCUCAAUUGGAAAUACUACCCGUCGAGCGAUGGUUAACCGAGGAUAUUCCUUCCAAUCGAACAAUGGGCUACGUGCCGUCAGUGAGGGACAUCGCUCCUGGCGCUCAGAUUCAAAUUGGGCUGGAUAUCUUGAACAAGUGAAGGUGGAUCUAAAGGCUCCCUGUGAAGCGUUACCUUACCUUUCCAUGGACGAAGAAUAUACAAUCAUCAUCGAUGACUUCCAGGCCCUUUUGUCCUCGUUUUCCAUCUGGGGAAUGCUGCGUGCUCUGGAAUCAUUUUCGCAAAUGGUUGUCCUUUCCGAUGAUGGUAGCACGUUACGAAUCAACGCCACAACAGUUUACGAUGGUCCUCGCUUUUCCCAUCGUGGCCUGCUGGUGGACACAUCGCGCCAUUUUAUCGACACCUGCACGCUGGUGAAGAUCCUCGACGGAAUGGCAUACAACAAAUUAAAUGUGUUCCACUGGCACAUUGUCGAUGAUCAUAGCUUCCCAUACGAAAGCCGAACCUUCCCGGAGCUAAGCGAGCGCGGAGCUUAUCACCCGUCCAUGGUGUACACCCAGGCGGACAUUGCAAUGAUCAUCGAAGAAGCGACCCAACGUGGCAUACGAGUUAUGUCGGAGUUUGACACUCCUGGACAUACGCGUUCGUGGGGCGUUUCACAUCCGGAACUGCUCACCGAAUGCUAUGACCAAUAUCGUGGAAAACUCGGACCAAUGGACCCAACGCGCGAAUCUACCUACACCUUCCUGUCGAAUUUGUUCCGCGAAGUGAUUGAAGUGUUUCCCGAUCAUUACGUGCAUCUCGGUGGGGAUGAGGUUGGGUUCGAAUGUUGGGCCAGCAAUCCCCAUAUUCUAGAGUACAUGAAGCAGAACCGACUGUACUCGUUCGAGAUGCUGGAGGAAAAGUUUAUCCAGCGGAUUGUCGAUCAGAUCGAUGUGCUGAACCGCAGCUCGCUCGUUUGGCAGGAGGUUUACGUGAAUGGUGUGCGACUUCCGAACGGAACGGUGGUCCACGUUUGGACCGGCAAUCGACAGGAUCUGCUGAACAGGAUUACUCGCGAUGGUUUACCAGCACUGCUGUCCUCCUGCUGGUACCUUGAUCAUCUCAGCACCGGUGGUGAUUGGCGUAAGUUUUAUAACUGUGAUCCUCACGAUUUCAUCGGUACUGGCCAACAGAAGUCACUCGUGCUUGGUGGCGAAGCGUGCAUGUGGUCAGAGGUGGUCAAUGGGCACAACAUACUGCCCCGAAUUUUCCCACGUGUUUCUGCCACAGCGGAAAAACUUUGGUCUCCCGCUAGCGUAAACAACGCGGAUGAAGCGGCUCGCCGAUUGGAAGAGCAGACGUGCCGCAUGAAUCAUCGUGGAAUACCGGCGCAACCACCGAACGGGCCUGGAUUUUGUAUUUAAACUAAAAGGAACGUAAACG